AUCUUCUCCAACAAUCAGAAGACGCAACUGGAAUAUUCCCUCAGUCCAGCUUACACCAACUCCUCGGGCGCUUUCAUUAUUCACCAACAGCUUAUCAUAGAUAGACGCUAGAUAAGGGAUCGCAGCUUCAUGGAUCACACACACGCCCGGGCACUGGAGGCUCUUCAAUCAUUCAUUCACCUUGCCAACUCCAACAGUGCCACGUCUCCUCGAUUUAUCGCCAAAAUCAUCAAUGAUGCUACCUCAAACCCGCAGACAUACGUCUUUGCUGAGCUACUGGAAACCCCGGCCAUCCAGUCUCUCCGGUCAAAGGAGACCCCAGAGGAAUACCAAGGAUAUUUGACUCUGCUCGAGAUCUUCGCCUGGGGAGCAUGGAAGGACUACCAAUCAACACCGAACCUCCCCGAGCUCAACCAAGACCAAAUCCUCAAACUCCGUCUCCUCUCCCUCCUCUCUCUCGCUCCAACCAUCAAACCUCUCACAUAUGAAUCCCUCAUGGACGCCCUCUCCAUACCUACUCCCGCCGAACUCGAAUCUCUCGUGACAAAAGCCAUCUACUCCUCCCUCAUGACCGCGCGUCUUUCCCCCGCCUCCGAUCCGCCAACGGUGAACGUCACCUCCGUCGCUCCGCUGCGCGACGUCAAACCCCAGUCCCUACUGAGUAUGAUAUUAAUCUUGACAGAAUGGGAGUCCCGCUGCGGAAGUGUGAUUAGCGAUAUCGAGGCUGAGAUUGAGAAGAUCAAAUCGAAUACCGCGAAGCGUGCCGCUAAGGAAAAUACGCGCGCGGAACUGCUGAACAAGGCUAUCAACAGCUGGCCGGGGGAAGGCGAUGAAGGGCAUCCGAGGAGAUCAGGGAUGCGGGAAGGACGAAGGCUGGGACCUGGUGGUGGUGGGAGCAGUGGUAACAAGCGCGAGUACAGUGCCGAUGAUAACGAUGACGAUGGGUAUUUCGAGAAUGGGAGUGAUGAUGCGGGAGCUGCUGGUUCGAGGAUGGAUAUAGACGAAGGCAUAGGGUCAUCUCGGACUGCUGCUAGACAAGCGAAACGUCUUCUCGGGAAAAAAGGUUAAUAUUAGAUUUACGUCUUGCUUUUUUUCGGAACGAUACAAAUGAAAUGACAUGACCUGACUUGAUCGACGACCCUUUGACAUGAUCUAUGAACUAGCUGAGUCCUAUCAAGCUGCACUCGACUACGAAAUAUGGU